ACUGGCCCAAGUUUGCUGGCAACAGUCUCACUAAGCCUAGGGUCAGCAAUGGAUGUCUGGUGGUUUCUGCUUUUCUCUGCCGUGGUCUGUGAAGAGCUGAAGGCUGACACACAGGGAAAACGAGAAGUUGCCUGCUAUGACCAACUAGGAUGUUUCGCCGCAGAAGGACCGUUUGGCUACAGCCCACAACGGCCGCUAACGGUGACGCCUGAGGACCCAGCUAAAAUAGGAACAAUAUUCAAAUUGUAUACCCGGGAUGGUCUGACGUCAUCAUUAGACCUCCAGGCCACCAGUCUCGACACACUGACCUCGGUCUGGCCCCAGUUUAUCGUCAGGCCAACCAAGAUUUUGGCCCACGGGUUUUUAGACAACAUCUCGGAAACUCCUUACCAGAAGGACUUAAAAGACGAGCUGUUAAAGUAUGGCGACUUCAAUGUUAUCAUUGUUGACUGGGCUAAGGGCAACAGACCCCCAUACACGCAAGCUACGGCUAACACAAGAAUUGUUGGAGCGCAGAUAGCUUUGUUGGUUAAUCAGCUGAUCAGAACUUCAAACAUGUCGGCAGCAGAUUUCCAUUUGAUUGGCCACAGUCUAGGGGCUCAUAUCUGUGGGUACGCCGGAGAGAGAAUACCGGGAUUAGGGAGAAUCUCUGGAAUAGAUCCUGCCGGUCCAUACUUUGAGAAUACCGAUCCGGCAGUCCGGCUCGACCCUACCGAUGCGCUUUACGUGGAUGCCAUACACACUGACGGUGAAACAUUACUAGAACUGGCAUUAGGAAUGAAGGCGUCUGUAGGUCAUGUUGACUUUUACCCAAAUCUCGGCCAUGACCAGCCUGGGUGUAACAGAAAUCCUUUCAAGCAGAUCUCUGAGUGGGGCAUUACACAAGGCUCAGUGGAACUCCUGAUAUGUAAUCAUAUGAGAGCCUUCCAUUACUUUGUUGAAAGCAUCAACUCCAAGUGUCCUUUUUUAGGUUUUCCUUGCGACAAUGAAGAUGACUAUAAAAACGGUCGAUGUGACGAGUGUGGACCAGAUGGAUGUAUCAGAAUGGGUUACCAUGCCGACCAGAACAAGCCAACCAAUGGGAGAACGACACGUGUCUACAUGACCACAGCCAACAAGCAGCCAUUUUGUGAAUACCACCUAGAUGUGUCUGUGAAAAUAAGCGCUACUCAGGGCCAAGAGGAGAGAGGAGAAUUGACUGCUCUAAUUUCUGGAGAAAAUGGAAUCAUUGGACCUUUUCUGCUCAACCCAGUCCCGGUCAACUUCCAGCUGAGUGACGUGCACACGUUUCACGUGCACACUAGCACUGACGUCGGGAAUAUCCGCACCGUGACCUUGUCGUUCCAGCAGAUGUUUGAACUGCUGGACCCUCUACACUGGAACCUGUUCGGUCUCCGGCAGCCAAAAAUUGUUGUGGACGAGAUCAGCGUCAGCCGUCUGGAGGCCAAAACUGAGAGCAGAUUCUGUACAGGUGGGUUAAGCAUCCAGACAGGUCAUGCUAUAGCUGCCUCCACCCCUUGUCUGUGAGCUCAAGUCUAGCCUGGGAAAAUGACGAUUAACACACAUUAAGAAAAGAGAGAAUUUAUUCAUUUAUGUUGUCAUGUUUUUAUUCUUGGUUUAUGUAGCAAUACAUAAUAUAUUCAUAAUACAUAAUACAU